GAAGACCUUGGCUGCGGAAGCGAAAGCGAAAGCUGCUCGAGCCCUGAUGCCCGCCCUGGCUGAGCGUAGCUGGCUGACGAGAGCCGGUAGCGAAGUUGGGAGAGGCGGAGCGGACCUCAGCGCUGAAGCUGAAGACCCCGGAGCUGCAGUCUCCCCGGCGCGGCUGAGCCAUGCCGCUCCCCGACCUGAGACCCUGGACCUUCCUGCUGCUGGUGGACGCGGCUUUACUGUGGCUGCUUCAGGGCCCUCUGGGGACUUUGCUUCCUCAAGGGCUGCCAGGACUAUGGCUGGAGGGGACCCUGCGGCUGGGAGGGCUGUGGGGGCUGCUAAAGCUAAGAGGGCUGCUGGGAUUUGUGGGGACACUGCUGCCCCCUCUCUGUCUGGCCACCCCCCUGACUGUCUCCCUGAGAGCCCUGGUCGCGGGGGCCUCACAUGCUCCCCCAGCCAGAGUCGCUUCAGCCUCUUGGAGCUGGCUGCUGGUGGGGUACGGGGCCGCGGGGCUCAGCUGGUCACUGUGGGCUGUUCUGAGCCCUCCUGGAGCCCAGGAGAAGGAGCAGGACCAGGUGAACAACAAAGUCUUGAUGUGGAGGCUGCUGAAGCUCUCCAGGCCGGACCUGCCUCUCCUCGUUGCCGCCUUCUUCUUCCUUGUCCUUGCUGUCUUAGGUGAGACAUUAAUCCCUCACUAUUCUGGUCGUGUGAUUGACAUCCUGGGAGGUGAUUUUGACCCCCAAGCCUUUGCCAGUGCCAUCUUCUUCAUGUGCCUCUUCUCCUUUGGCAGCUCACUGUCUGCAGGCUGCCGAGGAGGCUGCUUCACCUACACCAUGUCUAGAAUCAACUUGCGGAUCCGGGAGCAGCUUUUCUCCUCCCUGCUGCGCCAGGACCUCGGUUUCUUCCAGGAGGCUAAGACAGGGGAGCUGAACUCACGGCUGAGCUCGGAUACCACCCUGAUGAGUAACUGGCUUCCUUUAAAUGCCAAUGUGCUCUUGCGAAGCCUGGUGAAAGUGGUGGGGCUGUAUGGCUUCAUGCUCAGCAUAUCGCCUCGACUCACCCUCCUUUCUCUGCUGGACGUGCCCUUCACAAUAGCAGCCGAGAAGGUGUACAACACCCGCCAUCAGGCAGUGCUUCGGGAGAUCCAGGAUGCAGUGGCCAGGGCAGGGCAGGUGGUGCGGGAGGCUGUUGGAGGGUUGCAGACCGUUCGCAGUUUUGGGGCUGAGGAGCAUGAAGUCUGUCGCUAUAAAGAGGCCCUUGAACAAUGCCGGCAGCUGUAUUGGCGGAGAGACCUGGAACGUGCCUUGUACCUACUCGUAAGGAGGGUGCUGCACUUGGGGGUGCAGGUGCUGAUGCUGAGCUGUGGGCUGCAGCAGAUGCAGGAUGGGGAGCUCACCCAGGGCAGCCUGCUUUCCUUUAUGAUCUACCAGGAAAGCGUGGGGAGCUAUGUGCAAACCCUGGUAUACAUAUAUGGGGAUAUGCUCAGCAACGUGGGAGCUGCGGACAAGGUUUUCUCCUACAUGGACCGACAGCCAAAUCUGCCCUCACCUGGCACACUGGCCCCCACCACUCUGCAGGGGGUUGUGAAAUUCCAAGACGUCUCCUUUGCAUAUCCCAAUCGCCCCGACAGGCCUGUGCUCAAGGGGCUGACGUUCACCCUACGUCCUGGUGAGGUGACGGCGCUGGUGGGACCCAAUGGGUCUGGGAAGAGCACAGUGGCUGCCCUGCUGCAGAAUCUGUACCAGCCCACCGCGGGACAGGUGCUGCUGGAUGGAAAGCCUGUCUCCCAAUAUGAACACUGCUACCUGCACAGCCAGGUGGUUUCAGUUGGGCAGGAGCCUGUGCUGUUCUCUGGUUCUGUGAGGAACAACAUUGCUUAUGGGCUGCAGAGCUGCGAAGAUGAUAAGGUGAUGGCGGCUGCCCAGGCUGCCCACGCAGAUGACUUCAUCCAGGAAAUGGAGCAUGGAAUAUACACAGAUGUAGGGGAGAAGGGGAGCCAGCUGGCUGCGGGACAGAAACAACGUCUGGCCAUUGCCCGGGCCCUUGUGCGAGACCCACGAGUCCUCAUCCUGGAUGAGGCCACUAGUGCCCUGGAUGUGCAGUGCGAGCAGGCGCUGCAGGACUGGAAUUCCCGUGGGGAUCGCACGGUGCUGGUGAUCGCUCACAGGCUGCAGACAGUUCAGAGCGCCCACCAGAUCCUGGUGCUCCAGGAGGGCGAGCUGCAGAAGCUUGCCCAGCUCCAAGAGGGGCAGGACUUCUAUUCCCGCCUGGUGCAGCAGCGGCUGAUGGACUGAGGCCCCAGGGAUACUGGGCCGUCUUCUCAGGGGUGUCUCCAGGACCCAGAGCUGUUCCUGCUUUGAGUUUCCCAGAGCUGUGCGGCCAGAUAGUUGUUCCUGAAUUGCAGGCACGAUGGAGAUUUAAACCCUGUGUUCUUUUGGUGGGAUGGAGGGGUGGGGUGGGGUUGGGUGGGGGCUGUCUGUGUCCAGGAAACUUAAUUCCUUGGUGACUAGAGCUUUGCCUGGUGAUGAGGAGUAUUUUGUGGCAUAAUAAAUAUAUUUUAAAAUAUUUUCCUUCUUAUAUGAACUGUAUACAUUCAUAUAGAAAAUUUAGACAAUAUAAAAAAGUACAAAGAAGAAAAGCAAAAGUACCCGUUGUGUCA